AUGUUGCGCUCUGUCGUCCUCGCUUUUCUUCUCCUUUUUGCCAUAUCUUCAGCUGUCGCCCAACGAUUUGCGUACAACCAGCAGGUUUGAGACUUCAUUUUUUAAUUUUGGAGUUUUGUGAAAAGAGAUGUGCUGCAGAAAAGUGGAACAUGUGAUCUGAUCCUGAGGAACUUUUCCGGAAAGCACUUGUGAUUGUGCUAUAACUUUUCUUUGUGUUCGAUAACUCGUACUUCUGAACUUUCCUCGUAGUUAUGAAAUUUUUGUAAUUAUGAAACUGGAUUUUUUCCAGCAGUACCGCUAGAUAUUCAUGAAAAACUUCAAAUUUACAGCUAGCGUCUGGAAUGUUUGAUAACGUGUUGGGAAAUCCUGCUUACCUGCCUGCCCACAAGAGAGCUUUCUCUUUUCAAGCAGCUCGAGGGAAGAAAAGUCUCUCCUUAGGACAGAGGUGAACAGUUUAUAUUGUUAAGUCGCUGAGUUUGGUAAUCUUGUUCUAUUUCUUUUCAGUUGCACGAAAAUUGUCAAAAAAAUUCUGAAUCGGUUUCUGUUUUUGGUGGUCCCGUAUUUGAAAAUCGACUAUUGUCUGUUCAGGAAGUUCUGGCAACUAAGUUUGAAGAAAACUUCUAGUAUAAAGUUCUGAACAAAAACGAAAGCUCGAAAAAAUCUUCUUAUCGGCUGAACAAGCUUUUCGAAACGUGGUUUGAUUGAAAAUAUUUUCGUAAACUGUCGAGAGAAAUGAAUGAACUAUUCAUUGCUUGCACUUCAAUAGAUUUCGAUUUCUAUCUCAAUAACUCGUUUUUCUAGUUGUAAUUUGAGACAAGAAGCGCCAGAAAAUUAUAAAAAAUGUUUCUGUUCUAAAAAAGGAGCUCUGAAAUGUCAAAUUGUUAUUUUUCAGGUACGCUUACUUCCCUUCGCGAGGACGUUAA